AUGGAUGAUCCACUACUAACAGCUCUAUGUACGAUAUGCCAUAUCGACGACCCCAUCUACACCUGUCCCCGCUGUCUCGCGGCAACCUGCUCACUCACCUGCUCAAAACGCCACAAAAUAUGGUCAUCUUGCAAUGGCGUUCGCGACCCUACCGUCUACCGGCCCAUGUCCCAGCUCGCCACUCCAUCCGGCAUUGAUCACGAUUACAACUUCUUGCAUGCCAUCGAGCAUGGAAUAUCUCGUUCGGAAAAGGUUCUUAUCGAAGAUCUAAGCCUGGUGACGCGAGAGGAGCUGGAUCGGGCGCGUCUAGGUGAGCGGUCGGGAAAUAAGCGGCCGCGACCUAAGCACGAAGUGCCAGGCGAAGCCUGUAUACGCCAAGUGAUGGAAGAGAAGAAUAUCACACUACACAAGGCACCCAAGGGUAUGAGACGGAACAAGGAGAAUACGACGAGUUGGAACCGGAAGCGUAAGACGGUUGACUGGCAGGUCGAGUGGCUAAGAGUGGGACAAGCGGGGCGAGCGCUCUACAAAGUGGCUGGCAACAGACCGAUUGCCGAGCAGUAUGAACAGCUAUGUGAGGAAGAACGGCGUCUGAACAUGACGGAAGAAGAGCGGAGAGAGUUGAAGAAGAGGAGAGCAGACGAUGUCAAGGAGCGGGCAAAUAAGCGGCGCAAACUUGAUGAAUCCCUAGCGACCUGGAAUUCCCUACCUGCCGCUUUACAAGAUGCCACGAGCCAUACCUGGUCUCUAUCUCCGAUAACCCAAAAUCUCACACCGGCUGGAGAUGCCGAGGCGCCCUUGCUUGAUCCGCCUUCGCGAGCAUAUGAUCUUUACCUUCAUCGACCCCUUACACCCGCCUCUUAUCCUACCGUGCUCGUGCCCAUGGAUCCAGCUGCUAACCUUACCGAUAUCCUUGUGCGGCGCCAUCUCCUUGAGUUCCCCACUGUCUACGUACUACCCCAUUCUUUUACGAAUCUACCAGCCGAGUUUAUGCUCGAAGCCGACUAUCUCACGGCUACGCGACCACCUCUGCCCGUCCGUCAUGAUCGUAGCUGUAGUAGAAGCAGCAGUAGUAGUGAUAGUAGUAGCAGCAGCGACAGUAGCGAUGACUUGGCAGGGAACCCAUGA